AUGCAAAACAACAACGAGAACAACAUAAUAGGUGGUGUCCCUGGGUUCCUUGUCCUAGACAGCGCACAAUUCUCUUCCGGGACAACUCUCCAGAAGCUCAUGUUCGGGACAAUGACAGUAUUCAACGACGAAUUAACAAAAGGGCACGACCUUGGAUCAGGCCUGGUUGGAAAAGCGCAAGGCUUUUACAUGGCAAGUUCAGAAGAUGGAAAUAGCCAAACCAUGGCUUUCACUGUAAUGUUUACCAGUGGAAGCUAUGCUGACAGUCUUAACCUAUUCGGCGUCCACCGGACCGCAGUUGCCGAAUCCCAUCUGGCCAUUAUGGGUGGCACAGGGAAGUAUGUUAAUGCUAAGGGAUUUGCCACUGUGAAAACUUUCCCAGCCACAAACCAGCAUGAGACUAAUGCAGUUGAAAGACUGCUGCAGAUCAAUGUGUAUCUUGCUUAUUAG